AGCUGCUUCAGUGCCAAGCAGUGUGGCUCACGGGCGUGGGCCGCAGCGCUUCGGAGAAGGGAGGAGUAAGAGGAAGAGAGAGAGGAGGGAGAGGGAGGAUGGGCGGCCAAAGAAAGAUCCCACGCGGCUUGGCAGCGCCGCGCUCUGAUGACAUGUUGGUCCUUGGCACGGGGUGCGGUCUCGACCAGCGCUUUCGGUGAGCAGUGCGCGCUGCCGCAAAUGCUGCAGGCAGCGCAGCAGCGAGAAGUCCAGCUACGCACUGGUUCGAUGAAGCAGUGCUCGGCGUCCAUGAAGCAGCAUGCCGAGAUGACGCAAUGGGCCGCAGCACUCGAGUUGUUUGAGCAAGCGCUGCGGACGCAAAUAGAGCCGGAUACCAUAUUUUAUAACAGCGCCAUCAGCACUUGCGCAAAAGGCAGCCAGUGGCAGCAUGCGCUGCAGUUGUUCACCGAUAUGAGGUUGGCGAAAUUGGAGCGGGAUGUUUUUCAUAACGUUGCAAUCAGCGCUUGCGAGAAGAGCGGUCGCUGGCAGCAUGCGUUGCAGGUGCUAGGUACGAUCUCGCGAGGAAACGCAGAUGUGAUCAGCUACAGUACUGGAAUCAGUGCGUGCAGGAAAGGCUCGGAAUGGCAACAGGGGUUAGGGCUGUUCAACGAGAUGCGGGAACAGUCGAUAGAACUCAAUGUCAUCAGCUAUCCAGUUUCGCCUCUGCCCAUCUCCGCUACUACGCUUGGGGAAGCUGCGCAGCAACGGUGCAGCGGGGCACGGUCAUAGCAAUGUAUGCCUGUGGCGGGUAACAGCGCAAUAAGUGCGUGCGAGAAGGGCGGUCAGUGGCAUCAGGCGCUGUGGCUGCUCACCGAGGCGUGGCAGGCGAAGCUGCAGCGGCGCACCGUCACGUGCAACGCCGCCAUCAGCGCGUGCGAGAAGUGCGGCGAGUGGCAGCACGCGCUGCGCCUGCUCGGGCAGAUCCACCAGGCGAUGAUGGUGGUGCAAAAUGGCCCAUCGCCAGCUACAAUGCCGCGAUCAGCGCCUGCGAGAAGGGCGGGCAGUGGCUGCCGGCGCUGCGCCUUCUCGGCGAGCUGCGGCACAUGCGGCUGGAGCCGGCAGAGAUAUCUCUUCCCCUACAACGCUGCGAUAAGCGCCUGCGAGAAAGGCCAGGAGUGGUGGCAAGGCUUGUUCCUGCUUGGCGAGAUGCGGCAAGCGAAGAUUGAGGCGAGCAUCGUGAGCUACAGCGCUGCCAUCAGCGCGUGCGAGAAAGGUGAUCAGUGGCAGCAAGCACUACUGCUGCUCGCCGAGAUGCGGCAAGUGACAAGCGGCUCAAAUUCCAUCAGCUACAAUGCUGCAGCUAGCGCGUGUACAAAGUGUGGCGAGUGGGAACAGGCAGUGCUGGUGUUCACGGAGAUGUUGCGGACUCAAACUCCAGCAGAUGUUACAAGUUUUUCUGUUGCGAUCAGCGCGUGCGGAAAAGGGGGGGAAUGGAGGCACGCGUUGCACUUGUUCAGCGAAAUGCGGCGCGCAACAUUGCAGUAUGAUGUGUUUAGCUAUAGCGCUGCGAUUAGCGCAUGUGCGACAAAUGGGCAGUGGCAGCAAGCGAUGUGGUUGUUCAGCGAUUUGCGGCGAGCACGCUUGGAUCUAUGUACAAUCGAUUACAAUGUUGCCAUCAGUGCAUGCGAAAAGGGCAGCCAAUGGCAGCAGGCAUUAUGGUUUCUCAGCGGGUUGUCGUGGAUGCAAUUGGAACCAGAUGUUGUGAGCUACAAUUCUGCAAUCAGCUCGUGCGAGAAAUGUGGGAAAUGGCAGCAUGGGUUGCAUCUGCUCCAAGAGUUGCGUCAAGAGAAGAUGGAGCCAGACAUAAUCAGCUACAACGCUGCCAUCAGUGCAUGUCAAAAAGGUGGCCAGUGGCAGCACGCGAUGCAGCUGUUCAGCGAGUUGCGGCUGAAGCGUAUGGAUCCUGAUGCGACCACUUGCAGUGCCGCAAUCAGCGCAUGCGGAAAGGGUGCGUGGCAGCAAAGCUUGUCGUUGCUCAGGGAGGCGUGGCAGGUGAGAUGGCGGCCAGACGUCUCUAGCUACAACGCUGCAAUGAGCGCGUGCGACAAAAAUCACAUGUGGCCGCAGGCUUUGGGCGCGGUGGCGGAUCUCUGCUCGGCGAGCUGCGGGAGGCGGGCAUGGAGCUGGACGCGUUCAGCUACUGCGCGGGGAUCUCUGCGUGCGGGAACACGGGGAGUGGCAGCGGGCGGUGUCGCUGCUGGCCGAGCUACGGGAGGCAGAGCUGGAGGUAGACGUCAUCGUUCUCAACGCGGCACUGGGCGCGUGCGAGAGGGAGGAGCAGCCGCAGGUCGCGAUGUCGUUGCUCAACUCGUUCAGGUGGGCGAGACUGGAGCUGAACGCAAUGAGCUUCAAUUCUGUCAUCGGCGCAUGCGAGAAAGUUGGGCAGUGGCAACAAGCGUUGACGGUUUUUGGCGAAUUGUGGGGGUCGAUGUUGAUGCCAGAUCUCUUUAGCUUCAGCAACGCCAUCAGCGCAUGCAAAAAUGGCAAGCAAUGGCCGCAGGCGUCGCUUUUGUUUCGCAUGUUGGUGGAAACGAUGUUGGAGCCGGACGUGUUCAGCUACAAAAUGUUAAUUGGGCCCCACGAGAAAGGCGGGCAGUGCAAACGCGUGAUCUCCUCACUCAGCGCAACGUCCGUGAUAACGGAGCGUGGUCUUAGCCGGGAGGUUGUGCGCACUGCGCCCGAGAA